UGUAAGAUGACACACGUCACACACAUAAAGUAAACAAUAGUUACAUUUUAUGAAAACAAAACAUGAUUGGUAAUGACAGAAGGACAAAUUUUUCAGCAAUUACUAUCGAAUCGGACACUGCUGUUAGCGGCUGGAAAGGGCGGCGUCGUCAAUCUCCAUGGAGAUCUUGGAACAGAUUGUCCCGACUUCAAAAAAGUGUGAUAUGUUUUCUUCUGAUUCUUAGUCUUGCCAGUGGAGUUUAUAUAACAGCAAUAUAUCGUGAUUUAGAAAACGAUGAACUCGAUAUGUUGGCUAAACGGCACAUGGCCAGAAAACACAUGGAAAACAUGAGUGCUGCUGAUCCAGAAAACAUGGCAAAAGAAAGGAAGGUUAACAUGGCUAAACUAAAGCAAAAGGCAAGACACCAGCUCGAUGACAUUAUGAAAAAAGUGAAAGCUGAUGAUGAAGUCAGAAGAGUUACAAAAAAACGAAAAAAAAUUCGACAUGAUAUAAAACGCUUACCAGUGGCUGAUGAGGCCAAAAAGAAUGUUGAUGUACAACUGAAAUCUCCAGUUGAACAGAAAGUUGAAAAAGAAAAGGCUGUAGUAGAUAAAGAUAGAUAUGAUUUAUUUAAAGCUGCUCAGAAUCAGACUAAAAAACAGAAGGUGAUAGUAAAGGCAUUCCUUCAUGCAUGGAAUGCCUACAAGAAGUAUGCAUGGGGUCACGAUGAGUUUCAUCCAAUAAGCAAGACCCACACAGAAUGGUUUGGGGUUGGCUUGACCUUGGUGGAUUCACUUGACACACUGGCUAUUAUGGGACUCAAGAAAGAAUUUGAUGAAGCACGUGAAUGGGUUGCAAACAGUUUGACAUUUGAAGUGAACAGAGAUGUGAACCUGUUCGAAAUCACAAUUCGAGUUCUAGGAGGACUGCUCAGCACAUAUCACUUAACGGGAGAUGAUCUGUUUAAACAAAAGGCUAUAGAACUAGGGAACAGGCUGUUACCAUGCUUCAACACACCGUCAAAAGUGCCAUAUUCAGAUGUCAACUUGCUGACGGGCAGAGCGCAUGCUCCACAAUGGGGACCAGACAGCAGCACGUCGGAGGUGACCACACUGCAGCUGGAAUUUAGGGAUCUGAGUAGAGUGUCUGGGGAAAAGAAAUUUGAGGAUGUUGUUCACUCUGUUUCAAUGCAUGUGCAUGAUCAACCCAAAGACAUGGGGUUGGUGCCGACAUUCAUUAAUGCCCAGAGUGGCAGUUUCCGGACAUCUGGGACGAUCACGCUCGGGGCACGUGGCGAUAGUUACUACGAGUACCUGCUCAAACAGUGGAUACAGAGUGGCAAGAAACUCGAAAUCUUUAAAGAAGAUUAUGUGACUGCUGUUGAUGGAAUUCAGAAGAAGCUUGUGAGAAAGUCCGAGCCAAGCAAGCUGAUCUUCAUUGGAGAACUACUUGCUGGAAAGUCGUUCAGUCCGAAAAUGGACCACUUGGUGUGUUUCAUUGCUGGCACACUAGCACUAGGAACUCACUUUGGACUGAGUAAAGACCAUCUACAACUGGGCAAGGACGUGGCAUACACCUGUUACCAGACAUACGUGCGCAUGCCAACCAGACUGAGUCCAGAAAUAACUUACUUCAACAUGGCCCCUGGUGCUCAGGAUGAUCUUAUUGUUAAGCCACUUGAUGCACACAAUCUUCUGAGGCCAGAGACGGUGGAAAGCCUUUUCUAUCUCUAUCAUAUCACUGGUGAUAAAAAGUACAGGGACUGGGGCUGGCAGAUCUUUCAAGCCUUUGAAAAGUAUACCAAGGUUGCUGAUGGGGGUUACUCAUCCAUCAAUAAUGUUAAAAACAAGGGAAAUCCUGGUUUCCGGGACAAGCAGGAAUCCUUUUUUCUUGCAGAGACUUUAAAAUAUUUCUAUUUAUUAUUUAGUGAUGAUAAAAAUCUGUUGCCUUUUGACAAGUAUGUUUUUAAUAGUGAAGGACACCCAUUACCCAUCAACUGGUCAUAGCAGUAGUGUUUUGUAUGUGGGUGUGUGCAUGAAUAAAGAAGUAUAUGACCAAUACCUUACUCACCCCCAUCCAGGCAUAGAAAUAAGCAUAGUGCCUGGUAACUCAUGUACAGGUUGCAACAAACUACAGGCCUAGACCCCGUGCCACAAAGCAAUCUUAUUGCUAAGAUCACCUUAAGCACAUAACUACCUUAUGCACUUAGGUGAUCUUGGUGCUAAGAUUGCUUCAUGGAACUGGGUCCUGGUAGCCUAUAGGUUACGACACAUUUAUAAAAUUUGCAGUUCCCAUUAUAAUCCAUUCACAAAUACACUGAUACUUUUGUUACUCAUUCACAUCACUGUUCUCAUUGUACUGAUACAUAUGUGUGCAAUUUAUAAUGAUCAAUCACCAUGUUUAGUUUUGGAGAACGAAGUAACGUUCUUGACUUUCUUGAGAUGUUAUAACCUGAACAACUGUUCUUGACUUAUUUCGAUGCCUGCCAUCCCCAUGGUCCUGGGCCCCAUUCUAUGAAGCGAUCUUGGCACUAAGAUGACCUUACAUGUAUGCACUUAAAGGUGAUCUUAGUCCUAAGAUCAUUUAAUGGAACGGGGCCCUUAACAGGGGAGAUUACAUGUUUAUCUUUGGAUGAUUCACUUUCAUCGAAUUCGUAACAAUAAUUAUGUGUUUGUCAAAGACAAAUCUGAUUACACCGCAGUCUUAUCUGUUGUAAGCAAUAACAUAAUAGGUGUUACAGAUUUAGCUCUUUAUUAUACUGCAUUUGUUAUUAUUUUAAGCAUUGACAUAAUAUUUAUUACAUACUUAUUCAAUCUUACUACAGUGAUAAAGACAUUUUGAAACCGUGUAAUAAAUUUAUCCUGUAUCGCACAUGUGCAAUCUGGAUCGGAACUUUUAAAUGGGGAAUUCCCUUUUUCUUUUUACUGCAGUUAGUGUCUUUUAUUUACUUACGUCAUAUAUGAUUUACAAAUGACGUCAUAUCGUAUUUAAAACAUUACACAAGGCUGCCG